CGACUUGGCCGACGAUGAGGAUUACGGAAGCGUUGAAUGGUGAAUGGAGAGGCGGUGGUACGUGUGCGCGUAUGAACAACGCUCAAUCAUGAAAGCCGUCAGUGACGAGUGAUCUCAGCUAAAUCAUUGGUCACGAGCCACGAGCCACGAGUCACGAGUCACGAGUCACACCCGCAACUCGCACUUCUCGUAUGACGUCUGCUGUGCUUUGCGCUUCUUCUCCAGCCACCUAGAACACAAAGCAAGAAUCAAAAUGGUGACUGCGGACGGUCUGGUUCACGUCGCCAGUCGAUUGACGAGCCCCACAGCCUCGCCCUUGGCCUACGUGGGCCUAGCUGCCGUGCUGUCCGUCAAGGUUCGAGAUGCGCUCAACUCGUUGAUCUACUUUCCCACAAGGGACAAUGCCAAAGGUGUGCUUGGCGUGCUCUGGCGAGCUUUGAAUGACAAUGCUUGGCUGAAGGUCUUUGUCGCCAUCUCUGCGAUCAGAUUCAUCAACCGGCUCGGUCAACGCAUCAUCUACGACCGAGCAGCUCCGCGCACCAUCCAAUGGUCCGAGCACGUCGUGGUCAUCAGCGGAGGAGCAAGAGGAAUCGGAGGAGGAUUGGCGGAAAAGUUGGCGGAUAAAGGCGCAAAGGUGGUCACGAUUGACAAGUUGGAGAGGACGGAUCAUGCGAGGGAAGACUUGCACAUUGUCGCCGAUGUCACUAGCGAGGAGGAGCUGCUCGCUGCUCGAGCGCAGGUCCACGAAAAGUUUGGCCUGGUCAGCUUCGUUGUCUCGUGCGCUGGCAUCGCUCGUCACUGCAUGGUGCUCGACCCUCCAGAGCAAUUCCCCGCAUCCUACUCUACCGCCAUUCACAGAGUCAACAUCGAUGGCACGUACACCUUCGUAAAGGUCUUUGGUCAAGAUCUGCUACCUGCGUACAACAAGGGUCAGCUCCGAGUGGAGGGAGGGCAGCCCGCAAACGGAUUCGGCGGACACAUCCUCAUGAUUGCCAGCGGAGCCCCGUACUCUCCUCUCCCGGCCAACGCUUCUUACAACCUAUCGAAAGCAGGCGUCAUCACCUUGUGGCAAUCCUUGAACUUCGAGCUGGACGCGUGGCAUAAGACGAACAAUGUGCGAAGCAGCAUUAUCUGCCCCUUGAUGGUGCACAGCAAGAUGACGGAAGGACGCAUGCUGGAGCAAAAGAAUCAAUUCCUCUUUCCCACGCUCACCAUCGACAAGGUUGCCAACCGCAUGGUGGACAUUCUGGAAAAGGAUCAGAGCGUUCAGGCUCAUCUGCCCGCUGCCGCCUACGCCAUCUCUUUGAUCUCGCCAAACACUCCUCCUUACUUCAUGCGGGCAAUCUACAAAGCGUUGGGCGCUCACCAGACCUUCAUGCAAUGGGCUGCCAAGGAGCGCAAUCCGGUUGCGGAUCAUUGAUCGAAAUCACUCUUGUGUGCAAGGCUCUGAGCUGCUAUUGUGAUGCCUCAAAAGCCGUCGAACUACGAGAUGCCUACACCCUGCGCAUUGAACGUCGUUCUCUUCAUCGAUCCCCUUCUCUUCGACCGCUUCCGCAGCAAUCUCACCAUUCCAGCUUGCAUUGCUCGAGCAUUCCACAGACAUCGCCCCUCUCGGCAAAAUUUUCGAAUGCGUCACACCAAUUUGUAGCAGCGUACGAGAUUGCGAUCGCGGGUACAAAUGGAACUCGAUUGC